AUGAUGGUACAGAUGCUUUUAAUGAUUUACUUAAUCAAAACAUAUCCAUAAUUAGGAUAUGAAGGAGUAAUUAUGAGAGGAUAAUCUAGUAAAAUAAGACUAUAACUGAAUAAUUGA